AUGAGUCGUCGUCGUCAGCAGGAGAAACAAGCACGGGCAAAGGCUGAGGAACGAUGUGAGGGGAGGAACCUGCCAAUUGGUGCCCACGUGGUCCUCUUGGUUUUUGUUGUUCUGACCGAGACCGAGAGAUCAAUGGAAAGACUGGGGACGCGCGUUUGUCCUAAUCUAGCGACUCCGUUCUGUUUCCUCAUCUUCACUGGUUCUCAGCCGUCACCGUGCCCCGGUUUCUGGUGCCUGGGCGCCGCCCCAACCUCCAUCCUUGCCUUGUUGGUGGCUGCUUUUAUUGUUCGUGGUGCAGAGAUUGGCUUGUUUCGUGGGGAUGUGAAUCUCGGUUUUGUUUUUCCCAUCCGUCGUUCCUUUUCUCUUCUUCGACAUUCCUUUUCCACGGCAUUGUCGGCGCUUCACGACCUCUGGACCCCCGAAACGAAUUCGAUUUCUGCAACGUGCGACAAAGAAUAUCCCUCACUCGUUUGUUGUCUCCGACAGGAAUACCCGCUCUCCAUCAUGGGGCGCGACACCGUCAUGACCCGGCCGGCCAUCGAGGCCAUGGUUGCCAAUGGUGACGCCGUCGUCAUCUUUGAGGACCAUGUGCUGCGUCUCAACUCGUGGCUGCGCGUUCACCCCGGCGGCGACCUCGCCAUCCGACACAUGAUUGGCAGAGAUGCGACGAGCGAAAUCACGCUGGCCCAUACCCUCCAGACUAUGAAGGCCUUUCGGAUCGGCCGGAAGCCUACGGGUCCCUGGAAUAACAUGACGCCACCAAUUAGGGCCAAAUCAUCAACCGAUCCCUCCGUGCAUCCCGUGGCCUCCACAGACACCACCAUCAUCGAGAAGCAUGUCUUGGACCAGCAACCCACGGACAGCAUCGCCGUCGAGUCCGUCCCGGCCGCCACAUUCCUGUCCGAAAAGUCAGCUGGCGGCUGUCUCCAGACGAGCAGCCAGCUGCAGCCGACCUCGUGCUCGCGGCGGCCGUCACCCAGUGCCGUUGACACAACACCCUUGUUGCCGCCGCCUGCCGUCAUCGAUGAAAAGGCCCUCGAGGCAGCGCGGUUGCUGCCGCGCGGGCGCAAGCACAUGACGCCCGAGCAGUACACAGAAUGGGCCAUUCAGCAGCAGCGCGAGACCGACAUGGACGAGUACCCGUCGCUCGAGCACAACGUCCAGCUGGCCAUUACCGAAAAGUACAUGAAGCUGCAUGCCCAGAUUGACGCGCAGGGGCUGUACCAGUGUCCGUACAUCGAGUACGGCAAGGAGGCGACGCGCUACCUUACCAUAUUUGCCGCUUCCAUGUUUGCACUGCACAAGGGCUGGUACAUGACGUCGGCACUUUUCCUGGGUUUAUUUUGGCAUCAAAUCAUGUUCACGGCCCACGAUGCCGGUCAUCGGGCAAUCACGCAAAUCUUCGAAGUCGAUACUCUGAUUGGCAUGUUCAUUGCCGACUUUUGCUGUGGACUUUCCAUUGGCUGGUGGAAGAGCAGUCACAAUGUCCACCACCUCAUCACCAACCAACCUGAGCAUGACCCCGAUAUUCAAAACGUCCCCCUGUUCGCCACCUGCCCCUCCUUCUUCUCCUCGCUGCGCUCCACCUACUAUGACUUCACCUUUGUCUGGGACCGUGCCGCUGAGAUCCUCGUUCCCUGGCAAAAGUACACCUACUACCCGGUCAUGGGCAUCGCGCGCUUCAACCUGUACCUGCUCUCCUGGAUCCACGUCCUGGUCAAGCCGUCGCAGCUCGGCGGCAGCAAAGCCUGGUGGAUCCGGCCGACCGAGAUCGCCUUCAUGGCCUGCUACUGGUUCAUCUUUGGCUACCUGCUGCUGUGGCGCACGCUGCCCGACUGGACCACCCGCGUGCUCUACGUGCUCGUCUCCCACAUCAUCACCAUGCCGCUGCACGUCCAAAUCACCCUCUCCCACUGGGGCAUGUCCACCGCCCACCUCGACGAGGACGAGUCCUUUCCCCAGCGCCAGCUCCGCACCACCAUGGACGUCGACUGCCCCGCCUGGCUCGACUUCAUCCACGGCGGCCUCCAGUUCCAGGCCGUCCACCACCUCUUCCCCCGCCUGCCCCGCCACAACCUGCGCAAGGCCCAGCACCUCGUCCGCCAGUUCUGCCAGGAGACCAACAUCCCCUACUCCAUCCUCAACUUUACAGACGGAAACCGCAAAGUGCUCGGCAGACUCGAGGAGAUUAGCGAGCAGGUCCGCAUCCUCGUCAGCUGCCAAAACUACAUGGCAGAGACGGGCGAAAGCGGUCUGCACUAG